GCGCCCGGUCAUCUAGGAUCGCUUCCUGGGAGUGUGACCUCUGCUGCCGUAGUCUUCUCUCGCAUCGCUUCCCGCCCCAAUCGCGCCCGCAAUGUUGGCGCUGCGUUGCGGCUCCCGCCUGUUUGGCCUGCUCCCGGUCCCUCGCUCCGCGCCKCUGCGCCUCUCGGCGGCCCGCACCUGCAGCAGUGGCGGCGCCCACAACCCACCCUCUUCCUCCUCCGGGAACCCCCUUGUGUACCUGGAUGUCGGCGCCGAUGGGCAGCCACUCGGCCGCGUGGUGCUGGAGCUGAAAGCAGAUGUUGUACCAAAAACAGCAGAGAACUUCAGAGCCCUGUGCACUGGUGAGAAGGGCUUCGGCUACAAAGGCUCGACCUUCCACAGGGUGAUUCCUUCCUUCAUGUGCCAGGCAGGYGACUUCACCAACCACAAUGGCACUGGGGGCAAGUCCAUCUACGGGAGCCGCUUUCCUGAUGAGAACUUCACGCUGAAGCAUGUGGGGCCAGGUGUUCUGUCCAUGGCAAAUGCAGGCCCCAACACCAAUGGCUCCCAGUUCUUCAUUUGUACCAUAAAGACAGACUGGCUGGAUGGCAAGCAUGUUGUGUUCGGCCACGUCAAAGAGGGCAUGGACGUUGUGAAGAAAAUUGAAUCUUUUGGUUCUAAGAGUGGGAAGACAUCCAAGAAGAUUGUCAUCACAGACUGUGGCCAGCUAAGCUAACCCACAGCCAAGGUGCUGGGACGGCAGCUAGGACUUGCCCAGGUUACUGCCCAGGGCUCUUAACGGAGGUGCCCCAAAGAGCUGCCAGUGCUGGCUCCACUGUCAUUGUGUGUGAGCUUGAGGAAGGCUUGGGGACACGCCCCUCYGCAGGACCCCAGGGCACUCUCCUGAUGUUCCCCCCUCACGACCCCAUUUCUGGGCAUCUAAUAUGACAUCAGGCCACACACCCCUCAUCAAGCAUUGCUGAUGAUCGCCCAGCCCAAGUUCAUCUGUGUCAUGGGUGGUGGUGACAGGUCAGCGUCCAGUGAAGGUUUCUACCUUAUCCUUGACCUGGGGGACAGCCACUUGCUGCAAAAGGGCUGUGAUACCUGUUCAGUGUUGUCUUCCUAAUUGUAAURAUUUUAUAAAAUUGCCUAGAAAUGAAGCUGUGACACUAUAUCAUGCUGUGAUGUGACUGAGUUGGUGGCACAGGACUCAGAACCUGAGAGCCUGACCUUUGAGACAUAACUCAGGGCUUUUGUAGAAACUCCCAAGAUGCCUUUCCUUCCAUCACUGUGAAUCCCAUUGGUUUGCUGCUUUCAUUUUUGAGGAGGGUCUGCGGGUGGAAGCAGGUGACUCUGGGAACAAACCUAUUGCUAGCUGUGCCAAGUCAAUGUGAA